GUGGCCGCCCUGGUCGCGCCCGCGCCUGCGCCGGCGCAGCAGCCGCGGGCGGCGCCGCCGUUCGCGCCGAGGCUCGGCUGGCGCUCCGGAGGCGCCGGCGCCCUGCUGCCCGUCUCCGAGCCCCAGCUGCUGCGCGACCUGCUGCACGCCCUGCAGGGGGUGGACAGCGCCUCCUUCCGACUGCGGAGGGCCGAGGGGCGCUUCGACGUGAGCCCCUCCUGCACGCUGUCGCGCCCCGCGUGGUGCCUGGCCCAGAAGGUGCUGGAGCUCGCGAGCCUGCGCGCCCGGCUUGCCGCCGCGGCCGACGCGGCGCUGGACGGUGCAGCGCACCAGAGUCUCCUGCACCAGGCGCUCGGCGAAGCGCUGCGGCACCAGCUGCGGGACUACCAAAAGGUGCUGGCCCUGCUGAUGGCCAAGGCGGACGCCGUGCCAGCGGCCGCGGGGCCUCCGGAGCUGACGCUGGGGCGCCUGUGGUGCUGGCUCCAGGCGCCCCUGGAGCGGAUGCGUCUGCUGGCCUCGCUGGCCGAGGUGUGCGGCCCGCUGCGCGGCGGCGCUCUGGCCUCCGCGGUGCACGGCCUCUCUCGCAGCGGGGACGCGCCGGCGCGCGGCGCCUGCCUGGCAAUCCUGCGGCGCGUGGCGGGC